GGCGGCAGCCCCGCCCCGGCUCCCCCCGGGCGGCGGUGGGCGGGGGCCGGGCGGAGCGGGGCGCACGGCGCGGCACAUCACAGCACGGCUCGGCACUGCACGGCUCGGCUCGGCUCCGCUCUCCCGCCAUGGCAUCCAAGUGCCCCAAGUGCGACAAGACCGUGUACUUCGCUGAGAAGGUGUCUUCCCUGGGCAAGGAUUGGCACAAGUUCUGCCUGAAGUGUGAGCGCUGCAACAAGACCCUGACCCCGGGUGGGCACGCUGAGCACGAUGGGAAGCCCUUCUGCCACAAGCCCUGUUAUGCCACACUGUUCGGCCCCAAAGGGGUGAACAUCGGCGGGGCCGGCUCCUACAUCUAUGACAAGCCGCAGAUCGAGGGGCAGACUGCUCCAGGACCCAUCGAGCACCCGGUGAAGGUGGAGGAGAGGAAGGUGAAUGCUGCACCUCCCAAGGGACCCAGCAAAGCCUCCAGUGUCACCACCUUCACCGGGGAGCCCAACAUGUGCCCACGCUGUGGCAAGAGGGUCUACUUUGCUGAGAAGGUGACUUCACUGGGGAAGGACUGGCACCGUCCCUGCCUACGCUGUGAGCGCUGCAGCAAGACGCUGACCCCAGGGGGACACGCCGAGCACGAUGGACAGCCGUACUGCCACAAGCCCUGCUACGGGAUCCUCUUCGGCCCAAAGGGUGUCAACACCGGAGCUGUGGGAAGCUACAUCUACGACAAAGACCCUGAGGCGAAGAACCAGCCCUAAGCAGCGUCCCUGCCCACCUGCCCGCUCUGUGCCCCUCCUGUACUAACCUCCUGCUCCAGCCCGAGCAGACCCUCACCAGGCUGGCCACGGAGCUGUGCCCUCUCUGCUGGCUCUACUCUGGGCAGGACAGCUCUGCCCCUGGGUUAUUAUCAUGGUCUCUAAUAUAAGCUUCAGUGUUUUAAGGCUAAGGUAGAAGGUAUCUCUGGUGGUUCCCAAUGCGCUCUGCCCUCCCCAGCCCUCCCACCAGCCCCCCGAGUGUGGGAGGCAGCAGGGCAGGUGUGGUGAUGUCCCUGUGGGCAAGGGAUGGCAGGUGGCACCCAAAGGGCUGAGGAUGGAGGAAGGUGGUGGCAGGAAUCCCACCGUGGGAGGGUGCUCCAGGCUGUCCCUCAGUGCUUGGGGUUGGGGUGGGGGUGCCCAGCCCUCUUUCUCACCAGCUGCUGGAGAUGUGUGACACCUGGCAGCACUGCCCUUCCCCUGGCCCUUCCCAGGUUCUAUGCCUUGGCUCUCACUGUCCCUGGGUCCCACAGCUGGCCCUGUCCACUGUUAGGUCUGGCAGCUCCCUCCAUCCCUGUCUUUGAAUCCCUGUAGGUGCACCCAGGCAGGUGCCCCAGCCUGCUCUGUGGGCUGGUUUAGGUUGGUGCCCCCCAGCCUGAUCCUCCUGGAGGCACAGCCUGUGCCAGGGGGCACCUGGCAGCUGCAGCCCUGGUGGAGGGGGCUCUCCUCUCCCCACCUUUGGAGGACAGAGCGCAUUGGGCUGGUGGCCUGGGCAGCAGGACCCCCCCUGCUUCCCAGGGCUGGAGGUUUCUCAUUGUUGUUGUUUAUUUAUAAUCAGUUGUAAAUGUGCUCCUCGCUUUGGAGAAUGACACGUACCCCCUCUCACCCGUCCCCCCGUGCACGCUCAGCCCUGCUGCUGCCCAGGAGAGCAGGGAGGGGGCUGGGGCAGGACCCGCCGGGCAGCGAGCCCUGGGUGCCAGCACCCUGCUCUCGCCAGGCUCCCUGCGCUGCGGCAGGGCUGACUUUUGUUAUUUGCUGACAAUAAAGGUUUUGAGAGA